AUGAUAGAUGUUGGGGUCAACUUGGAUAAGAUACUUGACAAGAAGCACAUAACCAUUACCUAUAUAUACAAGAAGCUAAAGCAGGAUCACCAGAAGAUGCCUUGGAGGAAGCUGGUAUGUAACAAUGGAGGUAUGCCAAAGUGGAUCUUUAUUCUGUAUGUGGCUAUACUGGGCAAGUUGGCUACAACAGAUAGAUUAGUAAGAUGGGGAAUAGCAAAUGAGCUGUUAUGCCCUAUGUGCAAUGUAGAGGAGGAAAGCAUGGAACACUUAUUUUUCAAGUGUACAUAUACAGCAGCAAUUUGGGAGAAACUACUACAGUGGAUGAAUGUUAAUAGACAACCGAUGGAAUGGGGUCAAGAAAUAGAAUGGGCAUGCAAAAAUGUUCGAGGCAGAUCAGCAAAUGCAGAAAUCUACAGAAUAAUAUUAGCAAGUUGUGUCUAUUAUGUAUGGCAGGAGAGAAAUCAUAGAAUCUUCCGGGCUCAACUGAGGCCAGCAGGAGCACUGAUGAAGCAGAUUAUACAAAUGGCUUGUGGAAGAGGUUAUAUGUUGUCAAGAUUAAGAAGAAGAUUAGAAGAAUUAAAUUUCUACCCCUAA